GGGCGCGGGUCCCCACUACGGCGCCAGCGGCCUCGGCGCGGUCGCCCGAGGGUCCAGCGCACAGAGCCGGGCUCCCCGGCCCGGCGCGUCCCGGCACUCGCCUGCGAGUUUGUGCAAAGCGCGUGCGAGCGCGGCCCGGGGCGGGGCCCGCACGGAGGAGGCGCCCGGACCAUGGUCACCCUCGGCUGAGUUUCCGGCGGCGACUUUGAUUAUUGGCAAAUAAUCACCAUAACAAUACCGCACCCUGGGGCUCGCCACCACCACGCACGGAGUCCGCGAGCCCGCACGCGGCCGCGCCACCCGCCGCCCGGCCCUGCUCGCCAGCCCCACACAGGCCGAUGGAAAAAUCAAAAAAUUUCCGCAUCGAUGCGCUGCUGGCCGUGGACCCCCCGCGAGCGGCCUCCGCGCAGACCGCGCCGCUGGCCCUGGUCACGUCGCUCGCGGCCGCCGCGUCUGGCCCCGGGGGCGGCGGCGGCGGCGGCGGCGGGGCGAGCGGCGGCGGGGCGAGCGGCGGGGCCAGCGGCGGCUGCAGCCCCGCGUCCUCGGAGCCGCCCGCGGCGCCCGCCGACCGCCUGCACGCCGAGAGCCCCUCGCCGCCGCGCCUGCUGGCCGCGCACUGCGCGCUGUUGCCCAAGCCCGGCUUCCUGGGCGCGGGCGGCGCGGGCGGCGGCGCGGGCGGCGCGGGCGGCGGCCCCGGGGGGCCCCACCACCACGCGCACCCGGGCGCCGCCGCCGCCGCCGCCGCCGCUGCAGCCGCCGCCGCCGCCGCCGCGGGGGGCCUGGCGCUGGGGCUGCACCCCGGGGGCGCGCAGGGCGGCGCGGGCCUCCCCGCGCAGGCCGCGCUCUACGGCCACCCGGUCUACGGCUACUCGGCGGCGGCGGCGGCGGCCGCGCUGGCUGGCCAGCACCCGGCGCUCUCCUACUCGUACCCGCAGGUGCAGGGCGCGCACCCCGCGCACCCCGCCGACCCCAUCAAGCUGGGCGCCGGCACCUUCCAGCUGGACCAGUGGCUGCGCGCGUCCACCGCGGGCAUGAUCCUGCCCAAGAUGCCCGACUUUAACUCCCAGGCGCAGUCCAACCUCCUGGGAAAGUGCCGUCGGCCCCGCACAGCCUUCACCAGCCAGCAGCUACUGGAGCUGGAACACCAGUUCAAGCUCAACAAGUACCUGUCGAGGCCCAAGCGCUUCGAGGUGGCCACCUCGCUGAUGCUCACGGAGACCCAGGUGAAGAUCUGGUUCCAGAACAGGCGGAUGAAGUGGAAACGCAGCAAAAAGGCCAAGGAGCAGGCGGCGCAGGAGGCUGAGAAGCAGAAGGGGGGUGGGGGCGCCAGCAAAGGUGGCCUCGGGGAGGACAAGGGGGACGACGAGCUGCUGGGGCCGCCGGCUGCCGGGGACAAAAGCGGCGGACGCCGCCUGCGGGACUUGAGGGACAGUGACCCUGAGGAUGACGAGGACGACGACGACGAGGACCCCUUUCCCUACAGCAACGGCACGGGAGCUCACGUCUCUUCCGACUGCUCUUCCGAGGCCGAUUCCCCGCCCCCGAGGCCCAACGCGCCCGGGCACCAGCCCCCGCCCCAGUAGGGGCCCCGCGCCCCAGGGCAGCCCCGCGGCCCCCAGGCACCAGCCUCCGCCCCAGGAGGGCCCCCCCCCCCCGCCCCAGGGCAGCCCCGCGGGCCUCCGCUUCAAGGCCGUGCGUCCUGGGGCAGGUUCCGGCGCUGUGCCUGUCUGCUCUCCAAGGGACCGAGAGAGAGGGAGGUCCGGCGGGUGCACCCUUGAACUCCUGUCCUUUUUAAUUUAAUUUUGGUUAGUGUUGGGGGUGCUGUUUGUCAGACGACCUGAGCGCCACCAGGGGAAGGCCCCCACUCCUCCCCACUCCUCCCCACUUCCUGAAUGGAGAAGGCCGGGACCUCUACAGUGUUGGACGACCUGGAAAACUUGAGUAUUGAAAAAGGGAAACUGUUUUGUGCUUACCUAUCUGGGGGGAACUUUAUGUCACGAGCUUUCAAACUGCUGGAAAUCUCAAAACUGUACUGUCUUUAUUUUUGUACAUUGUAUUUAUAUAUAUAUAAAGAAACGACUACUUAUGCAUGCUAAAUUAUUAUUUAGCUUCUCCCAUCGCCCACGAUGGAAUGUAAAAUAAAUUGGUUUUUUACUGGA